AAGGAGACGGAGGUCACAGCCCUGCAAUCACUGCAAGGCGAACCCCCGGAGGUUGCUCGUCUGAGGCUGCGCGCCACAGAGGUUCCCACGGUCCUGCUGUUGCUACCGCCGUCGCCGCUGCGGUCCGCCGCCGCCGGUUUCUGCACGUGAUGCCAAGGCACAGAAUGAUUUGGGAAGUAGCCGUGCUGCUCAGCUUGGUCCUGGGAACUGGGGCUACUCCCGAGGACGAUCCCGAGGAUGGAGGCAAGCACUGGGUGGUCAUCGUCGCAGGCUCCAAUGGCUGGUAUAACUAUAGGCACCAGGCAGAUGCGUGCCACGCCUACCAGAUCGUCCACCGCAACGGGAUUCCCGACGAGCAGAUCGUGGUGAUGAUGUACGAUGACAUCGCCAACUCUGAAGAAAACCCCACUCCAGGAGUUGUGAUCAACAGGCCCAACGGCUCGGACGUGUACAAGGGGGUCCUGAAGGACUACACCGGGGAGGAUGUCACACCGAAAAAUUUCCUUGCUGUGCUGCGAGGCGAUGAAGAAGCAGUGAAGGGCAUAGGGUCCGGAAAGGUCUUGAAGAGCGGCCCCCAGGAUCACGUGUUUGUUUACUUCACUGAUCAUGGAGCUACUGGACUACUGGCCUUUCCUAACGACGAUCUUCAUGUGAAGGACCUGAAUGAGACCAUCAAGUACAUGUACAAACACAGGAAGUACCAAAAGAUGGUGUUCUACAUUGAAGCCUGCGAGUCUGGGUCCAUGAUGAGACACCUGCCCACCGACAUCAAUGUUUAUGCAACGACUGCCGCCAAUCCCGACGAGUCAUCCUACGCCUGUUACUACGAUGAGCAGAGGUCCACGUACCUGGGGGACUGGUACAGCGUCAACUGGAUGGAGGACUCGGACGUGGAGGACUUGACCAAGGAGACUCUCCACAAGCAGUACCAGCUGGUAAAGACCCACACCAACACCAGCCACGUCAUGCAGUAUGGGAACAAGUCCAUCUCUACCAUGAAACUGAUGCAGUUCCAGGGUGUGAAACACAGAGCCAGCGCCCCCAUCUCCCUGCCUCCCGCCCCCCACCUGGACCUCACUCCGAGCCCCGAGGUGCCCCUCAUGAUCAUGAAGCGGAAGCUGAUGCUCACCAACGACCUGCAGGAGUCCAGGCGCCUUGUCGAGCAGAUCCACAGGCACCUGGAGAGCAGGCAUAUCAUGGAGAAGUCGGUGCGAAAGAUCGUCUCCUUGCUCACGAGGUCCGAUGACGAGGCGGAGAGGCUCCUGUCCGAGAGGGCCCCGCUCACGGCGCACAGCUGCUACCAGGCCGCCGUGUCCCACUUCCGCACGCACUGCUUCAACUGGCACUCCCCCACGUACGAGUACGCUCUGAGACAUCUGUACGUGCUGGUCAACCUCUGUGAGAAACCCUACCCGAUCGACAGAAUAAAAUCGUCCAUGGACAAGGUGUGCCUUGGCUACUACUGAAACGCUGCCGUCUCGCUGCUUUUCCAAGUGUGAACACCGACCCUGGGAGUGCGCUGGCCGGAGGUGGAUGGAGCGAGGGAAGGCCGGGCCUUUCGGAGGGCCUGCUCGCCUUUCCCCCUGCCCGUCUCCUGCAGCCCGUGGGAGGCUCUG